GGGGCGGAGCCGUCGCUGCUGUUAUGGCGUCUUGGGCGCUGUUGGCGAAGGAUCAGGCGCUGCAGUGCCAAUAGAGAGCGAAGGAGCCGGGCGGCCGGCGGGCCGGGCAUGGAGAGCCUGGCGCAGCCCCCGCCGCCUCCGGGCUCGCUGAAGAGGGGCGGCGGGGGCGCUGCCAGCCAGCUCCUCCUAGAAGAGGCGGCGGCAGGCGAGGGCGGCUGCAGGGACGGGCCCGUGGCGGCUGAGGAGGGCGGCGGGCGGCGCAGCCCUUCCCCUCAGCCGGCCCCCGCUCCCGCCACGGCCCCUCGGACGGCGUCUCCCUCAUGGGCCGCGGAGGGCAGUCCGCCGGCGGCGGACGGUGCGGGGCUGGCGGUGCCGGAGAGCCCCGGAGCGGCGCCUACCUCGGAGAGCGGUCCCGCGGGGGCCGGCUCCGGGAGCAGCGGGGCUCCCAGCCCCCCGGGGGAGGAGUCCCAGAGCCUGGACUCGCUGGAGUCCUUCUCCAACCUGCACUCCUGCUGCCCGAGCAGCUCCGAGCUCAACAGCGACGCCGAGGAGACGGUGGUGGCGGGGGCCUCCUCGGGGGGCCCGGCCCCGGAGCCUGAAGGGGAUAGGCCCGCGGCGGGCUCCCAGCUUCUCUCCGCCUCCAAGGAGCGCUUCCCGGGCCAGUCGGUCUAUCACAUCAAGUGGGUCCGCUGGAAGGAGGAGAACACGCCCGUCAUCACCCAGAACGAGAACGGACCCUGCCCGUUGCUGGCCAUCAUGAACGUGCUGCUCCUGGCUUGGAAGAUUAAGCUGCCACCAAUGAUGGAAAUCAUAACGGCUGAACAGCUGAUGGAAUACUUAGGAGACUAUAUUCUUGAUGCAAAACCUAAAGAGAUAUCUGAAAUUCAGCGUCUAAAUUAUGAGCAGAAUAUGAGUGAUGCAAUGGCGAUUCUACAUAAGUUACAGACGGGUCUGGAUGUCAAUGUGAAGUUUACAGGUGUACGAGUAUUUGAAUACACACCUGAAUGCAUAGUGUUUGAUCUUCUUGAUAUCCCCUUGUACCAUGGAUGGUUAGUGGACCCUCAGGUUGCUGACAUAGUAAAAGCAGUUGGUAACUGCAGUUACAAUCAGCUAGUGGAGAAGAUAAUUUCUUGUAAACAGUCAGACAACAGUGAACUGGUUAGUGAAGGAUUUGUAGCUGAGCAAUUUCUAAAUAACACAGCUACACAGUUGACAUACCAUGGACUGUGUGAGUUGACUUCAGCUGUCCAGGAGGGAGAGCUUUGUGUGUUCUUCAGGAACAACCAUUUUAGCACCAUGACCAAAUACAAGGGUCAGCUUUACCUGCUGGUGACAGACCAGGGCUUUCUUACAGAAGAGAAAGUUGUCUGGGAAAGCUUACACAAUGUGGAUGGUGAUGGAAAUUUCUGUGAUUCUGAAUUCCACCUACGGCCUCCAUCAGACCCUGAAACUGUCUACAGAGGGCAGCAGGAUCAAAUAGAUCAAGAUUAUCUGAUGGCAUUGUCUCUACAACAAGAGCAGCAAAAUCAAGAGAUUAACUGGGAACAGAUCCCAGAAGGAAUCAGUGAUCUAGAGCUAGCAAAGAAGCUCCAGGAAGAGGAGGACAGGAGAGCUUCUCAGUACUAUCAGGAACAAGAACAAGCAGCUGCUCAGGUCCAGCAGGUGCAAGGUGCUGCCUCUCCAGCAAGCGGAAGACAAUCUGGGAGUAAUGAACGCAAACGUAAAGAGCCUCGAGAGAAAGAGAGAGAAAAAGAGAAGAAUAGCUGUGUUCUCUUGUAAUAGAAAAUGGAUUUAGUCUAGAGCCAAGUGCAUGUCCUCAGAAGCAAAAACAAGGAGUAAAAAGGAAGACAAACCCGUUACAUGCCGCCUGUGCCUGAUUACCCCAUGGAUUUUGUUCAUGUUUCAAGAGAGGAUGGGUGACUUUGUUACAAUCAUAGAGACUUUCUUCAAAGUCAGUGCGUGCUGCUCAAGAUGGAAUUCCAAAUCACAGUUGGAUGUGGCUGUGCUUUGAGUUAGUCAUAAGAAAUACUGCACCUUGUAGCUGAACACACAAAUCAUGGCAAGUUUUGUGUCAUAGUGACAUCCAUUACUCAUUACAUCAGUUAGUAAGCUAUUUUAUCUUCUACUCUAAACAAAGGAGGUAAUUCGUUUUGUGUAAGACUUUUUCCUGAAGUCUGUACACUAGCACAACAGAGUUCUGUGUUACUUACGUGGUAUGAAACUAUAUCUUAGCCUGGGUAUAGUCUUCACAACACAAGAGCCCAAGUAACAGCUGGGCACUGCCUCCUCAAUGUGUCCAGAUUUCUUUCCUUCUGGAUCUGGUAUGUUCGGUUUUUUGAACCCAGAUUUGUACUGUGUUACUGCUAUCAUUGCACCUCCUGGCCAGCUUUCUUGCCCCAAGAAUAUGUGACUUCAUAGGCAUCAUACAAAAAAUUGUCAUAGAAAAUGGGGCACUUAUUAAUAAGCAAGACGAAUAUUGUUUGCUUUUCUUGCAAUUACAAACUGGGUAUGGCAACUCAGAUGUUAUCAGGGUUAAACAAGUAAUUUUAUAGGUAACUUCUUUUUCUUUUAGUAUUUUUUUUCUCUUGUAGGUAAACUGGACCAGAUAAGUUCUUAUUUAUUGACCUCUCCAUAUGAUAGGUGAAUGAUGAGAGGAAACUAAGGUCUAUAAUAAUCAUUAUUCUAUGUAAGAAUGCAGAGUUAAAAUAACUAACUAUCUGCCUUUUUUCCAGAAGUACCUUGAACUUUAACAUGAUGUUAACAUGUCCACUUGUAUAUUUAAGCAAGUGUACUGUAGUUAAAAAACACACUUUUUUGUUUGUUUUAUAAAUCAUGUAUCCUUAAAAAGCACACUUCUGAAGGGUGAGAGAGAAGCGAGGCUGCUCUCUGAGAUUGUUCGGAAAGGUGGUCAGGUGUAAUAUUUUGUUUUUUAAAUCACUAAUUUAGAAUUUUUGGAAACCAGAUUUUUCUAAUUUAUGGGAACCAAAUAAACAUGUUGUGUCUUGUAGUAUUUAUAGAAUACAGAAACAGAAUACUUGCUGAAUUUUGAGGGAACCACAAAUCUUCCUCCACUUCCAUUAAGUCAAUAACAAUUACCUUCUUGCUGAACCUUUUUGAUAAAAAUUUCUAUUUAGCAAUUUGUAGAUACUUUUGAAAAAGGCUGCUUCUCCUGGACAAGUUAUGUAUUCAUGCUCUAAGCCUGGGUAAGUGCAUUAGUAUACAAUAAUCUGGGAAAGCUAAGGCAGCCAGGUGGAAUAUGACAUUCCUGGUUUCAGGUGUUUGGAUAAUGCCUGUAAGAGAGAGGGUGUCUAAACACAAGUCCACUGGUAAAAAGCUGCUUUAAAAGCAUCAAGCAGACUUGCUGCAGUGAUGGGAACUAGUUAUCACAUAAUCUGUUACAAACCUAGAAGGAAAAUUGGACGGAUAAAGGAAGAAUUUAUUAACUAAAGGGCCAGUUUGUAUCACUUUUUUCUUCCAUGCCUUUUUCUGUUUUGUUUUUUCCACUUUUGUUACAAUUUCCCUUUUAUAAUAAUGAAGUAAUGAAUGGUAGGAGGUCUCUAAUACGCAAACUGUAAAUUUAAAAAUCUCUCUAUUCUCUAGAAAAGUCAUGCCAGGAAAAGUAAUUUUAAUACUUAAUGUAUGCAGUUCAGAUAAUUUUCUAUGUCAAAGCAAAGGUUGACGUCUCUUUUCCUUUGCAGCAGCCUAACUUCUUCAAACAAAUUAAUGUGAUGGAGGAUCACCAACAUAAUGGCUUACCUACUUUAAGCAGAUCAGAAAAUAUUCCAAUAGUGUCAAUAACAAAGACUUUAAGCCAGAAUGUUGUUUAAAAACAUUCUGUUACUAAGAUUUUUCCAAAUUUGUGUAUUUACAUUUAUUUAUUGACCUUGAAAAAUAAAUAUGUCGAGCUAAGUGUUUGUUAUCUUAUUAUUUUCAGUGACAGUAUUGCCACUUUAAAUUCCUUUUUGAACAAAUCUAGCUGGAGCAGGCAUUGUGGCUCUUGAGUAUAUCUUUUUGCCUAAGAUACUUGUUCGUAUUAGAAGAAUUCAUGUAACAUUUCCAGUUUCAGACAGAUGUGCCUGAAACCUAAUACACUGUAGUUAGAGUAAUAUUGUCAUUUGAUCACAAAGGAAGAAGAGUUAAAUGUCAAUGCUCAUCAUGAAGUCUGAACUCCCAGAUAAUUCAGUUUCUCUUUCAAUAAAGCGGUAAAGGGUUUCAGGUUAUUUGAGAUGGCAGGCAUGCUAUUCAAACAGUUUUCUGUUAAUAUCCUUUUUUCUUUACAGGUCUUGAAGCUUUGGAAAAAAGGUAAAGAAUUCCUGAAAUCUAGGGCAUUGUUCCGCAUGAGUUGAGCUUGUUAGUAGCAAAGGUUAUGAGCAGAUGAGCUUUUUAAUAUCCAAAAUGAAAUACAUCUGGAAGCUUAAUUUAUACCCUACUGUGACUAACCUUCCAAAAGCAACUAUCACAGUUGCUAUCUAUGACAGCAUCUGAUGAUCAAAAAAACUGAACAGAAUUGCUUUUCUCUCUAAUAGUGAGCUUGGAAAACAAUAUUAUGAAAUAUUCAUGGAAUACCAGAAAGACUGUGUCUACUUCUGAAUAUUUACUUCAUUUGUCUCUUUUUUGAAGCUCAUAUUCUGGUAAAAGGGUACAGAUUUAUACUUUAAAUCUGUUUAUACAAUUUAGCAUGCACAUACUCCAAAUACCUACAUAAUAUAUAUGAAAGUGUCCAGAAAAGUAGAGUAGAACUUGUUUUCCACUAGAUAAAAGCUAGCAUAGAAAACAGAAUCAUAGAAUUUUUAUUGUUGCAUUGUAGUUGUGAAAUAAAAAAAGCUAAAUACAAGUAUUCUUAAAAUUAGCAAAAAAUUGAGCACUGCCAUAGCGAUAAAUGUUUUUCUAAAAGGCACUUUGUAAAUGCUCAAAUUUACCACUUUUCUUGUGACACUCACAUGGAAUCUGUGACCCAACAAAGCAGAUCCAAAGGAAGAUUGUAACACCAGAGGAUGAAAUUAGCAUUCCUGAAAAUUCACUUAAACACAAUGCAAAAAAUAUAUUUUGUAGCUAGCUAUCUAGGUAAUAUAAUAAAGUAUGUAUUCAGAUUGUCUUUAUAGAGCUCUUCUUGUGGAUCACAGGCACACAAGCUAAAAGUGAAGCAUAUGCUCUUCUGUAUACACUUGCAUUGGAUUGCCAGUCAAUCUCUACACUCGUUUGGUAUUUCACGUUAUUGUCAAAUGUUUCUUCAAACUUGUAUACAGAAGUUCUUGAAAAAAUUUUCCAGUAUGUAAUAAAAGGCAAUUUGAGUUCUUGAAAUUGAAUCUUUUGGUGUAUUCAGCAGGAAAUACUUGAGUAAAAGGUGAAGCUGACGUACUUUUAACUGAACCUUUCUUCUUUCCUGCUACAAUAGAUCUAUAACCCAAAGCCAGCUCACUGCUUAGAUCUGCUUUCUUACCAUUAGGAUGCUUAUCAUAGUCAAUUGCUGAAGUUUAUACAAAGUACAUCCUUAAAUACAACAUACUGAAUUAAGAGCUGUAUUUAUUUUAUAUAAAAGUAGACUUUUUUAAGGUUGUAACCUUAAACAGCAGGUGACUCAGGAAAUGCAAGUUAACUGAUGCAGUAUCCUCAUUAGAAAGCAUAUUAGAGAAAAGCAAAAAUAAUAAGCCUUAGUUCGGUUGCAAUAUAAUGCUCACAUUUUUUUUUCCAUCUAUACUAUGAUAACAAGACCUUGGUAACAAGAAAAGUCUGAAAGUGAAAAAUGUUAAUAUAGUCCAAUGAUAGCAAAUGUCACAUGCAAGAACUUGAACAUAUGCAUUUUAUCUUGUGAUUCAGUGCAGUUACUUUUUUUUUUAAGCAUAACUAGCAAUAGACUGUUAGCAGUGUUGUUUUGAGUGGGAAAAUUUGGUGAGAUGAAUGACACUCUCAUACAAAAUCAUUUACACAGAAGUCUAUUUGAUGUUAAUUUCCAUAGUGUUUCCGUAUAGAUCCUUCUUGUUCACAGCUUGUUCUUAUAGUUGUCCAGUAGGAAAGCAACGUAUUUAAGCUCAACUGUCACCUGCUCUGAUGGCAAAGAAGUGCCAUAGGGAAAUGCUGAGGAGGAAAGACAGGCUGGAACAUUAAAGUCCCUACACCACCUCUUGAGAUUGUUUAGGGAUUUGUCCUUAAUUUUGCUGUUAUUUUAGACAUAAAUAGCUGUAGCACAGCAUGCAGUGGCCAAAUCUUCUUACCUAGGUAAUGACCAGCAUGCUUAUUUCAUAGUGGGUUGGCAGUGUCUGUCCCUGUAUGCACUGUUCUUCAUUCUCAUAAUGCUUCUAGGUCAAGACUAGCUGUUCUGACCCUCUAAUAAAUCAGUAUUUUUAUUAAAUGUCAGUUGUCUACUGUUCAAUUUUGGUCAUUAUGUCAGCCCUAUCACUAUGAGUUCUCUUUACCUGGACAGUUAGCUCUAGAGAACUUGCUGAAACCUGAAAGUUCUUUACUGCCUCUGCAGUUCCUUUUCUAGUUUGUAGGAUGACUUGCGCUCAUGGAGAAGCUUCAUGUGCUGAAAUGAGCAAUUCCUUGUUUUUUGAGGUUAAGAACUUUAACUAUCAUCUAGUUAAUUAUCUUUAGAAGUCAAGAUCCCAUGUUUACCUCUACUUGACAGCAUAGAAAAAUUUUCAACAAAAUGUUGUUAGGUUUGGGAACAAUUCAGAUAAGUUUCAGUAUUCAAAUUAACUGCAAAGUUUGCUAGCUUAGUAUAAACAGUAUGCUUACAAAAUAAUUGUUUGUAACAACAUGAUGAAAAUCAAGGCAUCUAUUUCUCUAAAUGUAAUCUGUUGAUGAAACACGAAAUAAGGCACUACAAGUGCUUUCAUCACUAGUUGAGUCACACAUUUAAGGAAGCAGGUGGUGGUGGUGUGGCUAACAGACUUGCUGGGGCCAAAAGUGAGUGAAAUAUGAUUGUAUGAUAUAGUCAAACACGAAGCCAAAUACACAGAUCUUGGGGGUGG